UUGUAGGUUAUGUUUAGUUAGCUAACAAUUACAUUUUACAUAAUUAUACAACUUUUUCAGUAAAACGGUGACAGAAAACUAGUUAGAUGUCAGUUAAACUUCCUAUUCUAUUCCAAAAUGUUUCACGGAAUUCACUCCGUAGUGCCAUUAUGUCUAUUUUAAGAUCGUAGCUAUUUAGGCCAAUUUGUGUCCAAAGGUGAAGGUUUUGAAUAUAAUCGAGCAGCUCGAACGGUCAAAGUUAUUUUCCUACACUUCUUGCACUUUAAUAUGGAUGAGCUAAAGCACAGAGCUGGAGAAAAAUUCGAAGCAUUACAUGUGGCUGCUAGAUCUGCAGCAGAUUCAAGUAAAUCUAAAGUCCAGGAUGUCUGCACUCAGACAAUUGAAGCCAUUAGAAAGCUUCGAGAGGCAUUCCUGGAGUUAUGGCAGAAUGAUCUAAUAGCAGAAGGUAGAGAGCGUGUAGUGGAAUGGUCAAGAGAGGCAGUGAAAAGGAUAAAGGAUGGAGCUCUACCACUCUCCCCAUUUGUAUUGUAUGAGGAGCUAUUGGCUUUGUUUCAUGAUAGAGUGUGGCGCCGCAGCGUGCUGAUAUUCGUGUGCGGCGGGUGCGUGGGCGGCGCGCUGGGCGUGUGCGCGGGCCUGCGGCUGUCGGCCCGCGCCCCGCCCGGCCCGCACGCGCGCGCGCUGCACUCCACCCCCGACCACUCCGUCAUAUUCGUGGAGGAUGCCGUCGCACCAAGCGCGGGCCCGGGCGAGGUGCUGGUGCGCGUGCAGGCCUUCAGCGUGUGCGAGCUGGACCGCAGCGUGCUGCGCGGGCGCGGGCACGUGCUGCGCGCCCUGCUGCGCGCCGGGCCCGUCACCGUGGGCCGCGGCUUCGCAGGCGUGGUGCUGGACGUGGGGGCGGACGUGAAGGAGCUGGAGCUCGGGGACAACGUGUGGGGCGCGCUGAGCGAGUGGAGCGGCGGCGCGGCGGCCGAGCUGCUGGUGCUGCCCAGCACGCGCGUCAGCAAGCGGCCCGGCGGCAUGUCGGCGGACAGCGCGGCCGCCCUGCCCUGGAGCGGGACCAAGGUGCUGGCCACGCUGAGGAAACUCAACCUCAACCAGGACAACCUCAAGGGGAAGCGCGUGGCGGUGUGCGGCGCGGCGCGGGCGGAGCUGUGCGCGGCCGUGCAGCUGCUGGCCCGCGCGGGCGCGCACGUGUCCGCACUGGCGCCGCGCCACGCCGCGCAGCUGCUGCGGGACCUCGGGGCGUCCGAGUUCAUAGACCCGGCGGAGGGGGGGCUGCAGGGGGCGGCGCGGGUGCUGGAGCAGCACGCGCGGCGCGAGGGCUGCUGGGACGCCGUGCUGCUGUGCGCCGGCGCCCCCGCACCGCCCAGCCCCGCCGUGCUCAGGAGCAGGGCGCGGCGCAGCGCGGUGUGCGCGGUGUCCGGCGCCGGGCCGGUGUCGGACCGGCUGGUGGCGCCGCUGGCCGCCCUCUACGCCGUGCUGUUCUACUCCUACAGGCUGGCCAGGUGGAUGUGUUUCUGCGGCUGGGGCCUGGAGUGGCUGGAGGAGGAAGACACGCUGCGCGGAGGGCUGGAGCGGCUGGCGGCGCUGGUGGAGCGGGGGGACCUGGUGCCCGUGCUCGACAAGAUCUUCGUCCCGCAGCAGUUCGAGCAGGCCUUGGCGCACGCCUGCAGCGAGGACGCCGUGGGGGCCACCGUCGUGCGCUUCCCGUAGCCGUCGGAGGGCCGCGGGAGGACGCGAGGGGCGUCCACCAGCACGCGCCACGAGCACCCGAGACUCACUGCCGAUGUGCGAAUUGAAACGUAGCAGUCGAUGUCCCCACAGAACAGUUGCGGUGGGAAAUUGUAGUGUAUGAGCUUAUAGAAAAUUACAACAAAAAUUAAAGUUUGUAAAAAAGAGUUUUAUAGUGCGUCUGUGAUUGUACCAACUCCAAGACGGGGCGUGCGUGCUCCGCCUGCCUGGCCCCCACAUAAUCAGGUACAACUAGUCUCCAAUGUAAGAAAUUGUCACAAAAUUAUCAUAGUACUGAAUCCGUCCGUUGAUAUUACUCUAGUCCAGCGGCUCUCAACCGCCGCGUCGCGACCUCUUGCCGCGUCUCGGUCCAACGUUUAUCUGAGGUGACCGGGGGUAGCAUAGGGAUACAUAUGGGGUAAAUAUAUAACUGUUCAUAGGAUGUUA